AUGCGUCGCGAGGGGGAGAAAGUGUGGUGCCCUGACCCGCGCAACGUGUGGCAGCUCGGUACUGUAGUCGGAGACGAUGGCGAGAAGCUCCACGUGCUGCUGCCCGAGGCCGACGCCGCGCAGCAGUUCACCGUCGACCAAGUGCAUCCCUACGAUCCGUCGCACGCGCUGGACUUGAGGAACGUCGCGGAGAUGGACAAUCUGCACGAGGCGCCGCUGCUUGAUUUGUUGCGUCGGCGCUACCUCCAGGAUCAUAUUUAUACGUACACGGGCGACAUCCUCAUUUCUAUCAACCCGUACAAGAACAUCCCCAUGCUCUACAACUUUCCAGAGCUUGACUCGGUCAUUGGGAGACUCAGCGAGAACCCUAUUCCACACGUCUAUUCAACGGCUCAUGGCGCGUACCAUGCCAUGAGGCAACACGGCAAGUGCCAAUCGAUUCUCGUCUCGGGCGAGAGCGGAGCUGGCAAGACGGAAGCGUCCAAGUACAUUAUGCGAUAUUUGGCCAACAUUUCGGAGAUUGGAAAGAAGACGCCCAAAGGGCCAAAAGUAGAAGCAGAUGCAUCGUCCGUGGAGCAGUGUGUGCUGCAGAGUAACCCACUGCUCGAAGCUUUUGGUAAUGCGAAGACAAUCCGCAACGACAACAGUAGCCGCUUUGGUAAGUUCAUCAAAAUCUACUACCAUGCGGACGGCACGAUCUCAGGCGCGACGACGAGCCACUUUUUGCUCGAAAAAAGUCGGAUAGUUGGUAGUGCGGAGGCUGAGCGCAACUAUCAUAUCUUCUACCAGAUCUGUGCGGGCAUGCCUGCGGAAGAAAAGAAAGCUCUUUAUCUCAAGCCUGCAAGUGAGUUCUGCUUUCUCAAUCAAGGAAAGUGUAUUCAAGUGCCAGAGAUCAACGACAAGAAAGAUUUCCGGGAGCUUGUGGAAGCCAUGGGCACUGUAGGCAUUCCGGCAGAACUGAAACACACUAUUUUCCGCCUUGUGGCUUGUGUAUUGCACUUGGGUAACCUGGAGUUUACGGAGAAUGCAAAGAAUGAGUCUCAAAUCGCUCAUCCCGAAGACGUCACGAAGUUGGCCGAGUUGAUGAUGGUGACGCCGAGUGAGCUUGAAUUCGCUCUGACGAAACGAACAAUGUCGGCAGGUGCGCGUGGAUCUGUGGCGGAGAUUGCGCUGACUGCUGUAGAGUCCAUCAAGUCACGCAACGGUUUAGCAAAAGACGUGUUCAGCAAGAUAUUCGACUGGCUCGUAUCCCAAAUCAACAAAUCGACGGCUUAUGUCGGGGGCAGUCUUGGUGUAGGCACGGGCGGCAAGUUUAUUGGAAUUCUGGAUAUCUUUGGCUUCGAAAGUUUGCAAGUAAAUUCGUUUGAGCAGCUGUGUAUUAAUUACACGAAUGAAAUGCUGCAGCAGCAGUUUAAUCAGCACGUGUUCGUGUACGAGCAGGAAGUUUAUGUUGAGGAAGGCAUUGACUUUUCUCGUUUGGAGUUCAAAGACAAUGGGCCAUGCUUGGACCUGAUUGACAAGAAGCCUUUGGGCAUCCUGCCCCUCUUAGACGAACAAGGAAUGCUCGGUCGACGUGCAAGCGACGAAAACUUCAUCCAGAAACUGCACCAAACUCAUUUACCAAAGAGCAAGGUUCCCGAGGGCACAACAAUUUAUUACUCGAAGCCGCGUUUCGCUACAGAUGAAUUUGUGGUCCACCACUAUGCUGGCGAAGUUACCUACAACGUUACUGGCUUUUUGGAAAAGAACGAUGACUCGUUGCACAAUGACCUGAUUUCACUGAUGGACAGCUCGACGUGUGAGUUUUUGCGGAAGUUAUAUCCAAUCACCCAAGCCGGCGUAGCAGCUGGCGGAGCCAAUUCGCGCAAGCCCAUUCGGAAAGCAGGCAAUAAGAUGACAGGUACGAUGACAGUUGGUCGCAAAUUCCGUGAUCAGAUGGCUGACCUAAUGGUAGAGCUCAAAGCCACGACACCGUCUUUUGUGCGCUGCGUUAAGCCCAACAACUUGCGCUUUCCACAAGGAUGGAACGCUGAGCUGGUUCUCAAUCAACUUACUUACCUCGGUGUAAUGGAAACUGUGCGUAUUCGUCGGUCGGGGUUCCCUGUUCGGCGGCUUUUCGAAGAGUUCCACCAAAAGUAUCAAAUUUUGACUCGCAACAUCGCAAAGGAUAAGCGAGCAAAUAUGACGGACAAAGAUUAUUGUGAAGUCAUACUACGCUUCAUUUGCCGUGAGAACUGGCAGCUUGGACACAAGAAGGUUUUCCUUCGCGAUAGCCAAUUGCGUAUAUUGGACAACGAAGCUCGCAAAAUUUUGCACGAUGCCGCUACUAUCAUUCAAAAGUAUGUCCGCGGGCGACGACAGCGUCGAAGGUAUUUAGAUUUGCGAAAAAAGGUGAUUCAGAUCCAGGCCAUGAUCCGGAUGUUCUUGGCAAGGCGUCAUUAUCGGGUUAUGCGCCAUCGUAUAACAUUACUAAACGCUAUGACAAAGCAGUUCGUUCAGCAGCGAAAUUACCAGCGCCUGCGCAAGACAACUAUUUUUGUUCAGAGUCAUGUUCGGGGCAACGCAGCACGCCGGUAUGCAUUCUAUCUGCGGAACGCCGCACCUGCCGCAACAAAGAUUCAAGCCCAGGUGCGCCGUUAUUUAGCUCGCAGAUCUUUUCUCAAACAAAGGCACGCUGCAGCGAAGAUUGCAAAUGCCCGCAAGAUGAGAAAGCAGCGGGCUGAGUUCCUGGCGAUGCGCACUGCGGCGAAUACGAUUGCUUCUCGAUACAAGGGCUAUGCUGCAAGGCGAAAGUAUCACGAUAUGCAAAAAGCAGCUGUUACGCUACACGCUGCGGGCCGUGGCUAUAAUGCGCGCCUCAAGUAUGGUAAGACAGCUCGUAUGCGGGCGGCUACGCGCAAUAAAGCACAGAUUCGUAUUUCGCGAGCCGUUCGCGGAUUUUUAGCUCGACGUUUCUUCAACGUCUCGCGGCGACGCAUCAUAAUGAUUCAAGCACGCGUGCGAGCUAAUCGCGUUCGCACCGAAUAUCUGAAAGGCCGGGAAGCUACUAUCAACUCUCAAGCUAUGAUCCGUCGGUCUCUUGUGCGCCGUAAAUUCCUGCGCGAAAAGAAGAUGGCCACGCGUAUCGAGGCGUUCGGACGAAUGAUUGUCUGUCGUCGGCGUUAUAGAGAUGAGCGCAACAAAGUCAUACUACUACAGUCCCUCUGGCGAAUGCAUUAUGCUCGUAAGCAGUACCAAAAGCGGGAUCGACAGGUGAUACUGUUGCAGUCGCUCUGGCGUUGUCACACUCAAGCAAAAAAGUAUCAUGAUACGCGGGAGAAGAUUGUCACAGUUGAAGCGUUCGCGCGCAUGACAGUGAAGCGUACGAGGUACUUAAGGGUGAGAUCAGCUGCACGCGUGGUGCAAAAGACUGUACGCGCAUUUUUAGGUCGCCGCCAGAAAGUUCGUUUCCGCCGUGGAGUUGCACGAACCCAGGCGCUAUGUCGAGGCUAUGUCCAGCGAAAAAAGUAUCGCCGCACCAUCCAGCGAAUCAUUAUGGUACAAAGCGUGUUCCGUCAGAAGAGAGCAAAUAAGCUUGCAGAUGUUCGACGUCGGGCAAUGGCACGAGUACUUGCUGUUGUUAGGAUAUUUAUGUCUCGAGUGCGCAUGCGAAACCGCACUCAGGCUUUGUUUAGUGCUGCGAACACCUACGACCUGACCACGGUGUUGCACAUUGCGCAAGAGAUGCCAGGGAUGUUGCGUGUACGUGAUCGCGACCACGACAUGAUGUCUCUGAUCCACGUAGCAGCCAAGAAUGGUGAUCUGAACCUGGCGCGCUUUGCUCUAGAGGAGAACCCUCAGUUGGAAGACCUGGUGUAUGGGAAGGAUAUCACAGGUAGCACACCUCUGCACUACGCGUGCCGCCUAGCGCACCUGGACAUGGUGCGAUUGCUCGCGAGGGUUGCUAACCGGAACUCAACUCCUGGCACGCACUUUGACUUCGGGACAGCUCGUGCGCGCAGUUCGAGUAAUACGAGCAAUGGAAGUGAUGACCCGCCUGAUACGAAACUUCGAUCUGUUUCCUGUGUUAGCACAGUUCCCACGUCGACUCCUUCGUUCCGCUCGCCAUCAGAAAGCGUGUCAGUUGGCAAUCGCAGCCCUGUCGCGGGGAUUAGUCCACGUUUGCGCGGAAUGUCAACUGGCUUGCCACCGUCGUUUUCGAUGCAACCAGGAUUCAAACCUGGCGACCAUAAUGCACCCAAGCACCAUGGUCGCCGCAGUCUCGUGUCGUCGAUAACAAAAUCCGGGAACAGUCGCCGCCUAUCAUCAUCAAUCGGUGGACUUCCUCCUGUUCUGCCUACAACACUCCAACUUGACGUAUACAAGAAGGGAUUCUUGCAGACGAUCAGCGGCACGCAUCGGGCUAAAAAGCGCUACGUGAUGGUAGAUGAGGUAUGCCUAUCCUACUACAAGACGGAGAAAGACAAAAUACCGCUACAGAUGGCCGAAUUGUGCGAUGUCACGAUCAAGCGUGUGUCGAACGUGAACUGCAGUUUUGAAAUUCGAUCACCGCGUCUUCAGAGCUCCAAAAAUCCGGACGGUAUGCUUUCGUUUCUAGCUGAUACCGAACGAGAGGUAUACGAAUGGAUGCUUGCAAUUCGCAAAGCGCGGGGGGUACGCGUGACCACGACGAGCCCUCCAAACCAUAACAUGAUUUGCAUCGACAGUGGCCUGCGUCGCGACUACGUCAACAUGAAGAAUAAGCUAGGCUUUACACCUUUGCACCUUGUCGUGCGGAACGAUGAAGAUGAAGGAUUCGAGGCUGCGAAGGUGUGCGUCUGGCUCAUUGAGAAUGGCGCUGAUCCGAAUGCGGUCGAUGAGAAUGGAGACACAGCACUACACUAUGCCGUAGAGCUGGAUCGUUACGACUUGGUUGAAACGCUAAUGAAACGUGGUGCAGACUCAAGUAUUAAGAACCUAAAAGGUCUUUCGGCCGUCGAGAUCGCUGAGGAGGAUGACCUGAAAGAAAUUCUUAAUCCAGCGAAUCAUGCUUGGAAGGCGGAGGAGGCCUCCGGUGCCGAUGAAGAAGCUCAGCCCGAUAGAGCUGCUCUCGUUGAGCAUCGGGCAAGACUAACUCCUUCGCUUUUUCCACCGCCUGACAGGCUGCACGACAGUACUUAUGUGUCCGUAUUCCUCGGUGCUGUGGCUGUGGCCACGUGCCCCAUUAUGGAAACACCACACUUCAAUCUCUACAUCAUGGAUUACAAGGGAGCUAUUGUCGACACAGCACAGCGCACUCCGAAGUCCCUUAUUCAGUCUGGAGGCAAUUACUGGUGGUUUGGCAACACGUGGUACCUGCAGACCCCACUUGAGCAUCUCAAGGACGGUAGUGUCGCGGUGAUGGAGCUCCGGCAUCGAAGUCUUGUGACACAGGAAGUUGAAGUGGGCUGCUGGACCUUUUUCCACCUGGACGUAAGCAAGAUCACGACGGCGCCAGCAACCUUCGAAAUGUACGCGCCACCUGUAGAUCCGCUUAGUAAGAUUCUUGCACGUAUCCCUGGAGACUCCUUUCUCCAGGCCGAAAUCAACGUGUCGCUGUAA